UGGGGAUAUUAGCCCUUUACCAAUAAACUUUACCUUAUAAAUGUGUUUUUUAACAUGCCUAGAGUUGUGCUGCAGACAGGCCGACAAAUAGAUUUUUUCCCAAACGUUAGAUGCAAGCAGUCAACUGCAGUUACGGUAAUAAGCAGGCUAGAGACAGACACGCCUAUUACUGUGCGUUGGCCCAAUCUCACAUAUGAAGUCUUAGCACACGACCAAUGGUUACAGAUAUGCAAAUAUUCGCCUGACUUGCAUUGUCCCAGACGGUUUUUAUGUGAAGUUGCCAGAUUUAUCCCUCAGUUGCAGUAUAGUAGGCUAAAGGUUAAGUGUGUCUAGUCACGAAGAUAGCAGGAUAACUGGCCAGCACCGUUCUCUUUCCACGACGGCGGAUUGGGAUUUUAUGUACAACAUGACUUUUGAGGAACUAAGUGGGGAUUAUUCUCAAGAAAGAAUGGAUUCAGUGGCGAAAGCUUUAGAAGAAGUUCUCAUCUCUGCGUUACCACAGGGCUGCAUUACAGUCGGUGUCUAUGAGGCUGCCAAGUCCCUGAAUGUAGACCCUGAUAAUGUGGUUUUGUGCAUCCUGGCUACUGAUGAUGAAGACGUGAAAGAUGUGGCCCUGCAGAUUCACUUUACCCUCAUUCAGGCUUUCUGCUGUGAGAAUGACAUCAACAUCCUCCGAGUCAACAACACCAGACGCCUGGCAGAGAUACUGGGUGGAGCAGGAGGUGGAAAACAGGGUGGGGGUGAACCUAUGGACCUCCACUGUGUCCUGGUCACUAGUCCACAUUCUACUUCAUGGAAAGACCCUGCUUUGAGCAAAGUGAAUCGAUUCUGCAGAGAGAGCCGCUGUCUGGACCAAUGGGUACCUAUCAUCAACCUGCCUGAACGAUGAACUUUUUUCACUGCAAGAACCCGUGAAAGGACUUUUAUAUGCAUCGGAGGAGUAGUGUGAACCCAGAUGGACACAUUACCAGCCAGAGAUCAAAUUCCAUAGCACUGCUGAUGAGGAAAGACAGUUUUGGAGGGGAAAAACAGAGGCCCCACUGUGGGAUGUAUUGUAAAAAUGCAGGGGGAUGGAUUUCCACUUUGGAGAAGGCUGUUUGGAAUUGCAUCUGUCAGCUUUUGCAACCAAGAUGAGAUGGCGAGGCUCUUGUAUUGUCCUGAAGUGGAAAUAAAUUAAGAACGAAAAAAGCAUGUGUGCUUUUUAAUGUGCAACUGGACACUGUAAGGAAGAGUUGUCUUGGUUUGGUGAGGCCUCUGUGAUGAGUCACAAAAGCAGGGAGGAUCCAGAACAUGGAACUGCUGAGUGGAAUAAGGCCUCGGCCUCCCCCUGCAGAAACAGCGUGCUUGUUGAAACACUGGACUGUUUGCAGUUUGAUUGAAAUUGUUAAUGUUGAUGUUGUAAUUUAAAAAGGGAAGGGCUACACAUCCAGUGAAAACAUUCUGUCUAUUUAAUGUUUCCUAUGCCAGCUGGGUUUUUCCAUAAGUUAAAUAGUUCUUUUGUUACAUUUCUAAGUUAUUUCUAAUGAUAUUUAAGUGUAUUUAUGUUUCAUUUUUUUACCUUAACUAUUGCAGAAUCUGAAUAUAGCACACACACACUUAUGUAUUGCUAUCAAUAAAAAAAAGUUUUUUG